UUGAUUACUUUAUUUGAAAAUUUUACAUACUUUGCGUUCUUAACGUCAUACAUAAAAAGUUAUAAAACAGUUAAUUACUAUUCGUAUACAUAAAUAGUAGCUUGUAUAAAUGUUAUCGUGUUUUAUUGCAAUAAUCUCUUGUCAAUUCAGUUUUGUCGCGAUCACGUGGUUUUGUUUGGAUCUACUUCAUCGUCCAAUGGAACGUUCUAUAGUCCAGUAAUUUAUUAAAGUUUUGAGAGUGAGACUUGGUAAAACGUGGUAAUUAUAUUGGUGCUUCAACAAAAAUUGUUAUAAUAUGCCAAAAUUUAAACAUGACAUUGAACUUCCAAUAUCAAUUCCUGAGUUGCUAUUGGAUAAACAUGCAAAUUUUUUACUUUCUUAUGGCACUGAUAAGGAUGAAUAUAUAUAUUGUACAACGGAACACUUGAGAAUGUCUGGCAUGUAUUGGGGUUUAACAGCGCUAGACCUUAUGGGCAAACUUGAACAAACCAACCGGAAUGAAGUUCUUGAAUUUAUAGCCCAAUGUCAAACUGAAAGUGGUGGUAUAGCAGCUAGUUUGCAACAUGAUCCACAUCUUCUUCAUACCUUGAGCGCAGUACAGAUACUUUGUACCUAUGAUGCUCUUGAUGUUAUUGAUGUGGAGAAAGUUGUAAAAUACGUGAAGGAGAGACAACAGCCGGAUGGAAGUUUUACUGGUGAUAUCUGGGGUGAAGUUGAUACAAGAUUUUCUUUUUGUGCCGUAGCAACUUUAUCACUCCUGAACCGAUUGGAUGCGAUAGAUGUUAAUAAGGCUGUUGAAUUUGUAAUUAAGUGUAUGAAUUUUGAUGGUGGCUUUGGCUCAAAGCCAGGAGGCGAAAGUCAUGCUGGUAUGAUUUACUGCUGUGUGGGACUUUUGUCGAUAACUGAUUGCCUUAGUUUGGUAGAUGCAGAUCAAUUAAGUUGGUGGCUUUGUGAAAGACAGCUACCAUCUGGAGGUUUAAAUGGUAGACCAGAGAAAGCACCUGAUGUUUGUUAUUCCUGGUGGGUUCUUUCUGCGCUCACUAUUCUUGGGCGACUUCAUUGGGUUAACAAGGAACAGUUGGUAAAGUUUGUAUUAGCAUGUCAAGACACAGAAUCAGGAGGAUUUAGUGAUCGUCCAGGGGAUGUUGCCGAUCCUUUCCACACUCUCUUCGGAUUGACUGCACUUUCCCUAUUAAAUGCCGAUUAUCCUCUUAAAAGAAUCAAUCCGACAUAUUGCAUGCCAGAAUAUGUUAUUCAGAGGCUACAGCUCAAACCUUCAAGACUAGACCAAAGCGAUUAACAUUCGAUUGAAAAAGUUUAACUCUUUAUUAAAAUUAAGUUUUUAUGAAAUAAUGCAAGAAGAGAAAAUAUAACAUGAAUCUUUUGCAC